GGUAUGGAACGGAACAAUCAGACCUUCGCUUAUCUCAUUCUGGAAGGCAUCUCGAAGACCCCCGAGCUACAGCUCCCCGUCUUCCUCCUCUUGUUGACCAUCUAUCUCACCACAUUGGGGGGCAACCUGCUCAUAUUUCUGGUGGCCUGCUUGGACCCUCAUCUUCAGACCCCCAUGUAUUUCUUCUUACGAAACCUUUCCUUGGUGGACGUUUGUUACUCCAGCGACACGCUCCUCGGGGCUCUCCUCGCAUUUAUGUCGGGGAGGAACGCGGUCUCCUUCCCCUCUUGUAUGGCCCAGCUCUACUGCUUCAUGUCCUUGGUAGCCAUUGAGAUAUCGAUACUAACGGCCAUGAGCUACGACCGCUACGUGGCCGUCUGCAGCCCCCUCCGCUAUCAGGCGGUGAUGAGCGGCCGCGUCUGCGUCACGCUGGCCUCCGUAUGCUGGGCGCUCGGAUUCGUCGAGGCCGUGCCCUAUAUAUCUAUAUACGCCGGCUUCUCCUGCUUCAAGUCCAACAGGGUCAACCACUUCUUCUGCGACCUCAGCGCCCUCAUGGACAUUUCCUGCGACGAUACCGCCUUCCUAAGGAACGUCGUUUUUUACGAGUCCAUAUUUUCCGGUUUUAUUCCUUUUUUCCUCACCUUCCUCUCUUACUCGUACAUUAUCGGCGCCGUAGCGGCCGUCCGCUCCCAGCCGGGAAGACGCAAGGCCUUUUACACCUGCGGCUCGCAUCUGACGGUAGUCGCCCUCUUCUACGUGACCCUUUUCUGCCAGUACCUAAAAGCGGCGCCGCCGGCGCCGGACUCCGGGAAAUUCCUUUCCUUGUUGUACACGGCGCUGGUGCCCAUGUUAAACCCCCUCAUUUACAGCCUGAAAAACAAGGACGUCAAAUCGGCGCUAAGGCGGGGGCUUUCCAAGGCCAAAACUCGAAGGCGCCAUCCACGGGGUCCAACGCGGCUUACGACGCGGGGUUAAAGAUCUUUCCGGCGUUUGAAAACGAUAACAAAGAAGAAAAAAAUAGGAUUGGAGAAUUACUGUGAA